GUGCUGCAGCAGGGGGUACUUGCUCCGGUGUGCACGCGGCAUUUCUUUGCGCUCGGAACAAUGGACAAGGAUACAGGUGGAGAAAACGUAGACGAAUUUCGAGAGAAUUUCAUAUAGGCUGAUGGAGUGUAGGCCUACAAAAUAGAUAAUUUGGUCACGGAUGUGUUUUUUUUUUUACUGUGUAUAUUACACAUUUACUUUGUUUAGCAAUGCAUUCUAAAAAUGUUGGACCAUUUUGCGAAUGUCUUCCAUUUCAGGGCUGGUGGCGGUACUGCUGACGGUACUCCAGUGGGCAGGGCGAGGCCUCCCUUCUCCUGUCAGGCCCAUCUGUGACCCCCGCGUUCUGGACCGCUUCAUCAUGGAGGCCCGCGACACAGAGAACGCUCUGCGAGGUUGCAAGGCAGGAUGUGGCGUGACAGGCACCUUCGUGGUUCCACUGACCAACGUUGACUUUGUGGUAUUGGAGACAAAGGAUACUGAGGAGCAGGCUCUGGAGGUCCAGUCGGGACUGUUUCUGUUCGGCCAGGCCCUGGGUGCUGUGAGGGAGUCAGUGAGCCGUGCUGCCGUAAAGAGCCUCAUCGACAACAACAAGAGCAACAUCCACAGCCUGGGCCAGGUGCUGCGCAGCCUCCACAUCAAGGACCUGUCCCUCUCUCCAGCGCCAGCAGUAGGUGACUCAGCGACCAGGAAGGUGUCGUCCCUAUCCGAGCUGCUCCGUGUCCACACCAACUUCCUACGAGGGAAGGUUCGCCUGCUGCUCACCAACGCACCUGCCUGUCAACAGAACAGCACGUGAUUGGAGCUUUCCCGGAAGACAGAGGCUGUGAUUGGACCGUUGUUUAGAGAGAGGAUGAGGUCAUUGGACUUCUGCUGAAAUCUCUGAAUGGACUUCCAAGUAUGGAAUGUGUAGACAAGGUCGUUGUUGACUGGAUAGAAACUGGUGGGCAAGUCAGUUGAUGUGGGUGGAGCUGAUGAGAAACCAUGAACGAGUGAGAGAGAAAAAAAGGUCACUUCUACAACUCAUUGACCUCAUCGGUUCCUAGUACUACCUGUCAGUACCACAAUGAGCUCUGAUGCAUUCCGCGGGAAUAAGCUACAGACAGUACCCGCUGGGCACAGACGCCAAUUCAAUGUCUAUUCCAUGUUGGUUCAACUUAAUUUCAUUGAAAUGACGUGGAAACAACAUUGAUUCAACCAGUUUGUGCCCAGUGGGUACAGAUCAUACGAGAAGAUGAUACAUAAAGUCCUAAAUCCAAUGAUUUCGAUUUUUCAUUUAAUUUAUACAUGGUCUUAAAAUGUGUUUUUGUAUAACUUUUGUGUUAUAAAUCUCUAUUUUCAUA